AUGAAUCCAGCGGGGGACCUUUUCUGUACGGACUGCCGGAGUUAUACGGAGUUGGUGUUCGACCACUCCGCCGGCGACGUCGUUUGUUCCGAGUGCGGCCUCGUUUUGGAGUCUCGCUCCGUAGACGAGACUUCUGAAUGGCGGACCUUUGCUGAUGAUUCCGGCGACCAUGAUCCAGUCAGGGUCGGAGAGCCCGCGAACCCGCUUUUGAGUGGUGGAGGAUUAUCCACCGUGAUCUCCAUGCCGGUCGGGUCUCGUGGACACUCGUCGAUCAUGAGAUUGCAGAACCGUGGGGGUGACCCUGACCGUUCUCUUUUAAUGGUGUUCAAGAGCAUUGCUAACAUGUCUGAUAGGUUGAGCCUUGUUACAGCUAUAAAGGAUCGGGCUAAGGAGAUAUAUAAGAGGUUAGACGAUCAGAAGUGUACCAGAGGAAGAAAUCUGGAUUGUUUAGUGGCUGCUUGCAUUUACAUUGCUUGUCGACAAGAAGGCAAGCCACGCACUGUUAAAGAAAUUUGCUCUGUUGCCAAUGGAGCCACAAAGAAGGAAAUAGGCCGUGCAAAAGAAUUCAUUGUUAAACAAUUGAAGGUUGAAAUGGGUCAAUGUAUGGAGAUAGGAACCAUACAUGCAGGGGACUAUUUGAGGCGCUUUUGUUUUCUUCUUGGUAUGAGCCAUGCAGAAAUUAAAGCAGGCCAGGAGACUGUCCAGAAGUUAGAAGAGAUGGAUAUAAGGAGGAGCCCUAUUUCCAUUGCUGCAGCAAUUAUUUAUAUGAUAUCUCAGCUGUCAAACGCAAAGAAGCCACUGAGAGACAGUGUCUAUGCAGAUAUAUCAAUAGCUUCUACAGUUGCAGAAGUGACAGUGAAGAAUGCUUAUAAGGAUCUUUAUCCCCAUGCUUCAAGGAUAAUUCCAGAAUGGUAUGCCAAGGAAAAGGACCUCAAGAACCUCUGCUCUCCUAAAACCUAA